CGCAUUGGGCAGGAGGUGACGUUGGGAAGAUGGCGCCGCCAGGGAGAGGGUGCCGGUGGUGAGGAAAAGGCUCCUUUAAAUCCUGUUCAGUUUCCCACUCGGAAGCUCGGGGAUUCUGGCUGCUUUUUCACGUGAAGCUCCGAUUUGGGGUCAUGUCCGAAGACACAGCGAACGGAGUGCGGAACUCUGCUUCCCACAAUGUGAAAGAGAAUUCUCGAAUUAUCCGAGUUGGAACAAGAAAAAGCCAACUUGCUCAGACUCAGACUGGCAGUGUGGUGAAUAUGCUGAAAGAACAGUACCCACAUGCACAACUUGAAGUCGUUGCCAUGACUACCACCGGAGACAAAAUUCUGGACACUGCCCUGUCAAAGAUUGGUGAGAAGAGUUUGUUCACAAAGGAGCUGGAAACUGCAUUAGAGAAAAAUGAAGUUGAUUUGGUAGUUCACUCCUUGAAAGAUCUGCCAACAACACUCCCUCCUGGAUUUACAGUUGGAGCCAUCUGCAAGCGCGAAAUUCCUUAUGAUGCUGUUGUUGUGCAUCCAAACAAUGUGGGAAAGACCCUGGACAUGCUGGCAGAGAGGAGUGUGAUCGGCACAAGUUCCUUGCGACGAGCAGCACAGCUGAAAAGGCGAUUUCCUCACCUGGAAUUCAAAGAUAUUCGAGGCAACUUGAACACAAGAUUAAAGAAACUUGAUGAAAAAGAUGACUACAGUGCCAUUGUACUGGCAGCAGCUGGUCUGCGAAGAAUGGGCUGGGAGAAUCGGAUCAGUCAGAUUCUGGAGCCUGAAGAUUGUAUGUAUGCUGUGAGUCAGGGGGCCCUUGGUGUUGAAGUCCGGGUGAAUGACCCAGACAUCCUGGAAAUGGUUUCUGUUCUGAACGACACUGAAACAGUUCUCCGCUGCAUUGCUGAACGUUCCUUCAUGAAGCAACUGGAGGGAGGUUGCAGUGUGCCUAUUGCUGUUCACAGUGUCAUCAAUGAAAACCAGCUCUACCUCACAGGGGCUGUAUACAGUCUUGAUGGAUCUGACAGCUUAAAAGAUACAAUGCAAACAAGUGUCUCUACUCAAACACAGGAUGAAGAUUGUAGCGUCGCUGAUGUUCAACAUGUUGGGAUCACGGCAAAGAGAAUACCACACAACUCCCAGGCAGCGGCUGAAAAAUUAGGAAUGGACUUGGCCAAUCUAUUGCUUAGCAAAGGUGCCAAGGAUAUCCUAACUGUUGCUAGACAGCUGAAUGAUUCAAGAUAAUGCAAUGUAUUUAUCCUAAUGUGCAUAUUAUGUGAUUAUUUAGGCAUUCUUAAAGUUGUAAAUGUACAGUAACCAAAGGUAACAGACAGUAUCCCUUCCCUGUGCCUUAAGCAUAUAAUUUGCUUCCACAUACAUCUACAGUGUAUUAUAGUCUUCCCUUCUGAACUGCCCCCUAAACACACUGGGUUGUUUCAUCAAUUAUCUCUCACCUGUGGCCAGUACUCUUGUCACUUUGGAGACCACAUCAGUCAUGUUAUAUGAUUUGGUACAUUAUAUGCAUCUUCCUGUCCUUUCCACUGCUGUUGAUAGGGUGAUUUUUUAAAAAACCAAACUCACACUAAUAAUAUAAUACAGUCUAUAAAAAAAGUACAUUUGAAAUGCUUAUUUUGAAUUAUCUGUUAAUUGCAAUUUGAAACGCUUUUUUUUAAUGCAGGUUGUGCAGUUUUAUUUAGUUUA